ACUCAGAGAAAGCACCUGGUGGGCAGGUGAGGGGGAGCAGGUCCUAGAGGACAGGUUAGCAUGUGUAUGCUGAGUGUUACUGCGUCAUCCACCAACUUACACAUUUUUUUUUUUUUCUGUAAUCAUCGGUCAUGUUUCACAAGAGGGCAGCAUUAUACCCAGGUGUCCAACCUCACAUGUAGAAAGUCAUCAAUUGAUCGAUUGAUAGAUUGAUUGACAACUCCACUGAUCCAUAGAUGGUGUGAGAUGAAUACACACAGAAUGCUAUAGACAGACACAAAAAAUGCCUCUAAAUUCUUCCAAGCUUUAAUUAAAAGGCUGCAUUCUGCAAACCAGAAAAACCACACGCCUGUGCUUCCAUCAGUCUGGCGAGCUGAGCAGCAAAGACUCAGUUCCUGGGCAGCAGCAGGUAAGGAGCUCUUCACUAUGUUUGUUUUGUCAAUAUCACUCGACAGUACAUGUUUUUGUUUUUUGUUUUUUUUUAAUUCUGACUAAUUCAGAUAGUGGCAAGAAGGUAGUUUCUGUGAUUGUCAAUGUUUUACUCUGUGGGAAAUGUCAAACAUCUGGCAUCUGUCAUAUUACAUACAUCAUUUAUUCAAUAGGGACAGAAAAAUUAUUGUCCAAUGCAAGGUUCAAAUUUGCAACACCUGUCUCUCGAAGAACUUUUAUGAGAAUUUAAGGCAAUGACAUAAAAAGAAAGCAAACUAGACAUGAGCACAGGUUUGUUACUAACCAGCAUUUGGUUGCUCUGUAGAGUCUGUCUGUACAUUUCAAGUGAUCAGAUAACGAGUUCCAGGACUUUUGCCACAGUGAGCAAAAGAUGUGACAGAGUAGACAGUGCUCUGUAAUAUCCCAAAAAAAUGUUAAUGUAGAAAUUCCAUCCAAUGUCCGUAUCUUUUCCACAGAUUUUUGUCUGGUCGCCGUUGGAUUCAUAUGAUGAAGUUUAUCUGCUGUCCUGGGAACAGCUCUGGUGGAGAUGGCGAGCCUCUGCCACAAGAACCGAAAAAAGGAAGGAGUCUUGUUCCUGAUGUCCCACCGAGAAGAGUAGUUGCCUUCACAGCCAAGCUGAACACCGCUCACAGCACCCCCUACCACUCCGGUGUGCUGAAGCUCGUGGAUGUGCUGGUCAACGAGGGACAAGCCUACAGCCCUGACACAGGCAUCUUCACCUGCCCGCUGGAGGGGUUCUAUCACUUCACCGUGCACAUGUCUGUGAACGGGCGGGCUCAGUGCGCCAUUUUUAAGAACGGAGAGAGUUUGGCUUCGGUGUACCACACGAGUCUCCCUGAUAAAUGUAGCCAAGUGGCCAGUGUCAGCAGCACAGUGCAGCUGUCUGAGGGAGACAUGGUGUGGGUGAAUUUAUGGGGUCACGGUCGCCAUGAGAUCAUCGCGACAGAUGAUAACGAUACAGUGUUCGUUGGGUUUUAUUUAGGCUAAUGGAGUCAGGGUCAAAGGGCCCUACAACGUCACGUAAUCACAAUGAGUGAAAUGGAGAAAAUGAAAUGUGUGUAAAUAUGUUUAGCCAUGAUGUGAGAUGAAUCAUAAUUUACU